CCAGUGUUCAUGUUACAUCCGAUAGAUCUCCCGUUCGUGGAUCAACAGCGGGGUAGAGCGACGUACCAUAUUGGAUCGACGUUGGACACGCGACCAUUGGAUACCUCUGCGAUAUGGUAGGAUAUAUGUGACCGAAUGUAAGUUUCGUCUGGUCUUACACAUCAAGCUUCCUAAGUUCACCUUGCUUCAUGUUGUCCCUUGCAAUGCUGUAUCUCAAUCUGCUCAGGGCCGUUUGCUUUUUGCCGACCUUGAUAACAGCACAGUGUCCAGAAUACAUCGAUUACGCGAAAGAGAGCCACGAACCUUUAAGCUCCGGGCGGUACCAGCUUGCCUAUCAACGUCCUGUAGAAGAAUGCAGAACAUUUAAGAGCCAGGGACUGGAAGAUACUAUUACUCGUUUCGAGGGCGUCAUUAGAGAUCCGGAUCUGUAUCGAUUGUUCCAGAACGCCUACCCAAACACUCUUGAUACUGCGAUUCGAUGGAAAGGUUUUGCAGCAAACAAUGCCGAAGAAGAACUUACAUUUAUCAUUACGGGCGAUCUCAACGCAAUGUGGCUUCGUGAUUCGUCGAAUCAGCUGCAAAGCUAUCUACCACUCUUGAACGCUAGCAGCGACCCGAACUCAAUUGCGAGUCUAUAUCGCGGUGUCAUUAAUCUACAGGCUCGCUACCUCCUCACAUCUCCAUACUGCAAUGCUUUUCAGCCACCUGUGGAGAGUGGGAUUGGACCAACGUUGAAUGAUGCUGCAAGCGAGGACACGGUCUUCCCAACCUACGCCAACCAGUCAGUCUUCGAAUGCAAGUACGAACUUGACUCAUUGGGCGCAUUCCUGCAAAUAUCUACGGACUACUACAGAGCCACCGGCGACUAUGAGUUUUUUGGCAAAUUCCAAUGGAUCCCAGCUGUCGAAGCGAUCCUGAAAGUGGCACAUGAUAUGUCGAUGCCUACCUACGGACCAGAGGGAGAAGUCUUGGAGAGCGCAUAUACAUUUCAGCGCCUCACACCACGUGCAACGGAAACAUUCGCAAAUGAUGGUAUUGGUAAUCCUGUCGCCAACGGCACCGGUCUCAUCAGAAGCGGCUUUCGGCCGAGCGACGACUCGACACUAUUCCAGCUGUUCAUUCCUGCAAACAUGAUGUUCAGUGCUUACUUGUCCUCUGCUUCUGAGAUUAUGAGCAAGUUGAACGUUGGGAGCUCGGCAUCUGUAGCUGAGCAAAUGUCCAGCCUAUCGAAUUCAGUUCACGACGCCGUUGAGACUUACGGUACCGUGAAUCACCCUACCCACGGCAAGAUAUAUGCCUUCGAGGUCGACGGCUUUGGUUCUACUGCCAUCAUGGAUGAUGCCAAUAUUCCUUCGUUACUAUCUGCUCCCUUCUUUGGCUACCGCAUCGACGAGCAGACGUAUACAAAUACACGCAGCGCUAUCUUGAGCGCCACGAACCCGUACUAUAUGCGCGGACCUGUCAUUAACGCCAUUGGUGGGCCGCAUCAGGGCCCGGGCAUGGCAUGGCCAAUGGCAUCUAUUGUCCGUAUCCUGACGAGUGAGGACGACGAUGAGAUCACGACGGAGUUGAGGCAGAUCGUCAGUAGCACCGAUGGACUGGGCUUGAUACAUGAGAGCAUUAACACCUUCAAUCAAAGUGAUUGGACGAGGCAGUGGUUCUCAUGGGCCAACGGUUUAUUCGGUCAGAUGAUCCUUGAUUUGGAGGACCGAAAGCCAGGGAUCUUGGGAACCAGCUUUCAAUGAGCAAACCUAGACUUGCUUACUGCGUCAACUGCGAGCAUGUAUGGGCUGAUGCACUCUCGCAACCACUACAAUGUCAUUGUGUAACAUCCACUUGCAUGUAU